UUCUUCCCACAUAUAUUAAUUACAUUUGUUGUCAGAAAAGCAAGUUCGUCCAGCUCUGACAAAGCAUGUACAGAGAUCAACAUCAACAACAAAAACAGCGUCGUCUUCUUCUUCAUCAUUCUCUUCUGCAAUAAUUUGAUCCCUGUAUAUUUAGCCAAACCAAUAUAUAUAUAUAUAUAUAUAUAUGCACACACACUAUCACCGACUGAGAAACUCUCUCUCUCACACCAUUGUUAGUAUCCAUGGAUAGAGGCAUUGUAAUUGGUCAUGCCCAUUAAGAGCAAUACCAAGUAUUUCCCAGUUAAGGAGCCAAACCAAAGUCAUGGUUCUUGGAAUAAGAUCGAAGAGUCGAAAAAGUGUUACGAUCGAGGUUGAUUACCUCAUCCAUGUCCAAGAGAUCAAGCCUUGGUCCUUACCUCAGUCUCAGAAAUCAGCUCUAUCUGUGUUUCUUCAAUGGGAAAAUGGUGAUCAAGCUUCUGGAUCCUUAACUUCCGGUGUCGGAGAUGGGAAGAUCGAGUUCGCCGAGUCUUUUAGGCUUCCUGUCGUGUUAUGCAAGGAAGCAUCGAAGAAAGGCCAAGCCCGUGAAAGUUACCAGAAGAAUAAUCUAGAGUUUUACUUGUAUGAAACUCGAAAAGACAAGGCAAUGAAAGGUCAACUCUUGGGGUCUGCUGUGAUAAACCUUGCAGAUUACGGGAUUAUCAGGGAGACCAUUAGUGUGACUGCGCCAGUGAACUGCAAAAAGAGUUCUAAGAACUCGGGACAACCAGUUCUUUACAUCAAUAUUCAGCCAUUUGGUAAUGCUAGCUCUGGCUCAUCGCCCAUGGGAAGCUUGUCAAAAGAAGCUUCUCUAGAUAAUGAUGGAGGUGAGACUGUCUCGGAAGCUAUACUUGAUGGGAAUGAUGAAGAAGCCGAGAUCGCCUCUUUCACCGAUGAUGAUGUUGCCAAUGAUGUCUCUUCACACUCGCCGCACAUCAUUAACUCUUCUGCUUUUGAGACAACAGUCAGUUCAACACCAAAUAGUGUAAAGAUUGAACCAGAAACAACAAAAUACGAAGUUGAAAGGAAUGCUGGGGAGCUAAGUAUAGCUUCAAGAGUUGAACCCGCAGCAAAUACAGGGUCAAUUCCUUUAGCUAAAACAGUGAACACCCGAAAUGAAAGUUCGCCAUAUAUGUCAACAAUAGGCUACUCCUCCAAUCCCGGGAAUCCUGCAAAUGAUAAUGUUGCUUUUCCCUACAUUCCUCAGGAUAGGUCAGUGCCAAUCCUAAAAAAGUCUCUAACCCAUGUUGUUAGGUCUUCUUCAUCCCUAGGCUACCAAGAUGAUCCACACAAGGCUGUUAAUAAAGUGAGAGUCGAUGGCAGACACCAAAUGCGAAAAUAUGCUCAGGAAUCCAGUAAAGACAAUAUUGUUGCUAACCUUACAAAUAAACUUGCAUCAUCAAGUUUGUACAGUCAAGAGGGCGCAGAAAGAAUCCAUAAGGAUUUACAAGCCACUCAAGAGGAGGACAAAAAUGUUUGGAGACGGACCGAAGAUGGCCAGGAGGAGGCUAGUACAAAUGACUCGUCUACAUACAGCAGUAGACAUAUUGGAGUCGCUCGUAGUAUUGUCAAAAAUAACAAAUUAAAGCAUGUCAAAUCAGUGCAGUUACCUUCUGAAACAACUAAGACGAGUAGACCAUUAGUGUUCGACAAUACUGAGUUUAUUGAAAAGCCAAAGAGAGCUGAACUGUCCAAAGGAACUCAUGAUGAUGGUAUGACUAAUGCAUUGAGUAUAGAAGAGGAAACAAAAAGCAGUGUUUCUAAUCGCAAAGGUGAACUUAAGGCCGAAAUCGAAAUGCUCAAAGAAGAGUUGAGAGAAGCUGCGGCUGUUGAGGUUGGUCUAUAUUCUGUUGUUGCUGAGCAUGGGAGCUCCACAAAUAAAAUACAUGCUCCUGCUCGACGAAUUUCUAGAUUCUAUUUUCAUGCUUGCAAAGCGAGCUCCCUGGCAAAGAAGGCAAAUGCAGUUAGAGCUGCUGUUUCUGGAUUUAUUUUGGUUUCUAAAGCAUGUGGGAAUGAUGUUCCAAGGUUGACUUUUUGGUUGUCAAAUUCAAUCAUGUUAAGAGCUAUUGUUAGCCAGACUGUUGGGAACCUCUCUGAUGGACCAGGCGUUGACAAUAGUGGUAUAUUGGGACAAAAUGGGUUCACUCCUCAAAGAGAAGAGAAGAAAGCCAAGAAAGAAAGUAUUGAUGACUGGGAUGACCACCAAACAUUCCUGAUUGCAUUGGAAAAGUUUGAAUCUUGGAUCUUCUCCCGAAUUGUAGAGUCUGUCUGGUGGCAGACUAUGACUCCACAUAUGCAGCCUGCAGCUGCAAAGGGCUCCAGCUCACGGAAAUCUUCUGGAAAAAAGUAUGGUUUUGGUGAUCAUGAACGGGGAAAUAUCUCUAUCGAGCUCUGGAAGAAGGCUUUCAAAGAUGCCUGUCAAAGGCUUUGUCCUUCUCGAGCUGGUGGUCAUGAGUGUGGCUGCUUGCCUGUGAUAGCUCGCUUGGUUAUGGAGCAAUUAGUGGAUAGAUUAGAUGUGGCAAUGUUCAAUGCUAUUCUUCGUGAAAACGCCGAAGAGAUGCCAACAGAUCCUGUAUCUGACCCCAUAAGUGAUUCUAAGGUUCUUCCCAUUCCCGCCGGAAGAUCAAGCUUUGGGGCUGGUGCACAGCUAAAAAAUGCGAUUGGGAGUUGGUCUAGGUGCCUUACCGAUAUAUUUGACAUUGAUGACGCUCCUGAAAAUAAGAAUGAACUCAAUGAUGAAGAGAAGCCGGAGUCUCAAAGAUCCUUCAAAGCUUUCCGUCUACUAAACGCUUUGAGUGACCUCAUGAUGAUUCCAUUUGAAAUGCUUGCAGAUAAAUCCACCAGGAAAGAGGUAUGCCCCGCACUUACUCCACCAUUGAUCAGGAUGGUUCUUUACAAUUUUGUCCCAGAUGAGUUUUGCCCUAACCCCAUUCCCGAUGCAGUUCUUGCGGCUUUGGAUUCCGAGGAUGAUUUUGAGGUUGACGAAGAAUCUGUUACAAGUUUCCCAUUCACUGCAAAUCCUACAGUCUAUGCACCCCCUUCAGCUGCUUCACUAUCACACAUUAUAGGAGAAGUGGGAAGUCAAACUCUCCUGAGGAGUGGAUCAUCUGUGCUCAGAAAAUCAUAUACCAGUGACGAUGAGCUCGAUGAGUUGGAUUCACCCAUUAUUUCAAUCAUCAAAGAAAAUAUGCAGGAAAAACGAAAGGAUAAUCGACCAGUAGUGAGAUAUCAACUCCUUCGUGAAGUAUGGAAGGACAGUGAAUGACAAUAUAUCACCUUUCUCUUAGUGCAUUCUUGUACAGGUCAUGUAUGUAUUUCAGCACCUGGGCUUGGUUGCGUUUAACCUGUUCUAUUUUUUCUUUUCCUAAAUCUAUAUUUAUGGUACCAUAUAGAUUUUCAAGACCCAUUGAUUGAGAGCUGUAAAUAUCCGGUUUUGAAGUCUUUUUA